AUGUUGAAGUUGUGGCUCGGGCUCGCGCUAACGGCUGACUCAUCGGCUUUAUUCAGGGAUCGUAAUAGUUUUGGGAUGAAUCUAAAAAGACCAUCGGAGCUCUACAAACACCUAAGAGUUUCCAAGAGACAUAUCCUGGGAAAAUCCCAUGAUGACGUCGUUACAUCACUCCCAAAAGACAAUGAUGCCCCAGAGCUAGAGUCACGACUUCAAUUCCAUAAGCAAUUUAUGAUAGGAGCGCAAAGUAACAGAGCGGGGUUAGGAUCAAAUAGGAAAGUCCAAGAUGCGGAUAUAUUGAAGUCUUUUAUUCGGCAAGACGAGAAUGAUAAAUAUAAGAUCCAUGCAAUGAAUUUAGAAAUGCAGAACGAGUGGUUAGACAUAGGAGAUUUUUGCAUCCCAUUAGCAUUAAAAUGGCGCACUUUAAUUUAUGAUUGGUCGCCAGCCUUGCUAAAAUUUUAUCUCAAUGCGUUCCAGAUGACUCUCCCAGAUCAGAGUAAUUUAGUAAGAUGGGGUAAAGGUACCGAAAAAACUUGCUAUAUCUGUGGAAAGGCAGUUGGAACUGCCAAGCAUUUGCUGGUGGGAUGUAGGGUUCUCCUGGACAGCGGUCAAUACUCGCGUCGUCACGAUAGGGUUUUAGAGAUCAUACGUGAAGCGGUUAGUCUUUCGGUAGCCAGAGCGCAAAGGGAAAUAACCACAAACGAACGAUCAGUAGGUUUUGUGAGAGAAGGCACUAGGGCUACAAAAUCAAACGUCAAGCCUUACUCCAUCCUUAAAGCGGCGUCGGAUUGGACUAUAAUGAUGGACACGUAUGAAAAACAAUAUAAAAUCCCCGAGGAUAUUUGUGCGUCGGCCUCCAGACCGGAUAUAUUUUUGUUUUCGCGAAUUUUAAAGCGCGUAGUGAUGAUAGAGCUUACGGUCCCUUGGGAAACCAACAUCCCCAAAGACCAUACCAUCAAGGUCAACAAAUAUUACGAGCUCACUAACGAACUAACUCGAAAUAGGUUCGUCGUUGAUUUGUACGCGGUAGAGGUGGGAGCGAGAGGUAUAACAGCUAAAUCUCUCUAUAACCUACUAAAAGACUUGGGCCUGUCCAGAACUAACAUUAAUUCAUUCUUAGAACGUACGUCGAAGGCAGCCCUAGUAGGUUCUUUUCAAAUUUGGUUAGGUAGGGAGAGGAGCUUGGACAGUGGAGGUGAGCGUAUAACGCGCGUUAGUUAA